AACGAAAAAUCUAUUGUCUGUAUGGUGGUUCAAUAACAGUCAUUCAAUACAAAAAUAAUUCUGAAAUUAAUUAUUUCAUUACUGACAAUCAUCAAAUCUGACGAAAAUCAAAUUAAGACACCAUUCGGAAAAAAAUGUCAAAAAUUGAAGAAGGAAAUCUUCAUAUACGACAAGCUGAGAAAAGCUUGAAAACAUCACUAUUAAAAUGGAGACCUGAUUUCGAAGUUGCGGCUGACGAAUAUACAAGUGCAGCAACUUGCUUUAGAAUAGCAAAAUCUUAUCAACAAUGUAAAGAUUGCUUAAUGAAAGCUUCUGAUUGUUAUAAAGAAAAUAGAUCAUGGUUUCAUGCUGCAAAGAGUAUUGAACAAGCUACUUUAAUUUGCAAAGAAAUGGGAAAUCUUACAGAAGUUUCAAAAUUAGCACACAGUGCUUGCUCUUUAUACUUGAUGCAUGGGUCACCUGAAUCAGGUGCAACUGUACUUGAUAAAGGAGGAAAAAUGAUAGAAGCUACUCAACCACAAGAGGCACUAGACUUAUUUAAACGUGCUGCUAGUAUUGUUAUGGGUGAAGAUAGUCCACGUCAAGCAGCAGAAUAUAUGAGCAAAGUGGCAAGAUUAUUAGUAAAACUACAAAUGUAUGAUGAAGCAGCAGAUGCAAUCCGUAGAGAAAUUGGAAUGCAUCAACAGACAGAUCAUACACCAUCUGUUGGUAGAUUAACAGUAGCAUUAGUCUUAGUACAAUUAGCUCGAGGUGAUCAAGUAGCUGCUGAAAAAGCUUUCAAAGAAUGGGGAAAUUAUUGUGAAGCACCUGAGAUCAAUACAUUAGAAAUGUUAUUACAAGCAUAUGACAAUGAAGAUGCAGAUGCUGCAAGAGCAGCCUUAAAUAACCCUUUUAUUAAACACAUGGAUGUUGAAUAUGCUAAACUUGCUAGAGGUUUACCUUUGCCACAACAAGAAUAUGCAAUACCUCCUCCAGGAGUAAGAGCUAAUGCAGCAGAAUCAUAUACAUCUCCUAACGCAUCAAAAUUAAUGGAAGAAACUACAAGUGAAGUUCAAAACAUGAGUAUUAAAGAAUCUGAGGAUGCUCCAAAAACAUCAUCAGAAGAUACUAUUGAAAAAGAACAAACACAAGCAGCAUUUUCAAAAAAUGUAAAUAAUGAUGAAGAAGAUGAAUAUGAAGGACUAUGUUGAUUAUGCAUUUUUAUUAAAAUUGAUAGUUUAUAUCUCAAAAUAUAAACAAAAUUUAUUUUGUAAAAGGUACUAUAUCAUUUUAAUUCAAGUAUAUAUAUAUAUAUAUAAAAUCUACUCUAUGUAUA